AGAGGCCUACCCGGCCGGGGCUUCGGCCUCGGGCAUCGGGAAAUGGCGGCGGCAGGCAGGAUGGAGGACGGUUCCUUGGAUCUUACCCAAAGUAUUGAAGAUGACCCCCUGCUGGAUGCCCACCUUCUCCCACAUCACUCCUUACAUGCUCAUUUCAGACCCAGAUUCCAUCCUCUUCCUACGGUCAUCAUUGCAAAUCUUCUUUUGUUAAUACAUGUUGUCUUUGUUAUUUUAGCAUUUUUAACAGGUGUGCUUUGUUCUUAUCCGAAUCCAUAUGAGGACAAGUGUCCAGGAAACUAUACUAACCCAUUGAAAGUUCAGACAGUCAUAAUCCUUGGAAAAGUUAUUUUGUGGAUCCUCCAUAUACUUCUUGAGCGCUACAUCCAGUAUCAUCACAGCAAAGUAAGAGAUCGAGGCUACAGCACGAUCUACCGAUCCACAAGGCAUCUUAAAAGACUUGCACUAAUGGUGCACUCCACAGGCAACACGGCACUUCUCCUCAUACUGUGCAUUCAGCAUUCCUUUCCUGAGCCCAGUAAGUUGUAUCUCGACUUCAUUCUGGCCACCCUGGCCCUGGAACUGAUCUGUUCCCUGAUGUGUCUGCUCGUUUAUACAGUGAAAAUUCGAAAAUUUAAUAAAGCUAAACCAAGGCCUGAUGUACUUGAAGAAGAAAAAAUCUAUGCUUACCCCAGCAAUAUUAACUCAGAGACUGGAUUCAGGACUAUUUCGAGCCUAGAAGAAAUUGUUGAAAAGCAAGGAGACAUAAUAGUAUACCUGAAACGACACAACGCACUGUUGAGUAAGCGAUUGUUGACUUUCACUUCCUCUGACCUGGGCUCUCAGCCAGAUAGAAU